ACGCGGUUUCGUUGCGCCAGGGGAGAAAGGAGAGGUGAUAUUUCAGUUAGUUUAGCUUCUCGUAGCUCCUUAAGUGAAAUUGGUCCAUAUGAGCCUUCAACAACGCUGUAGUGUCUUGUUCCCAAGGAAAAACUGACGGAUUCUUAAAUCAAGUGGAAUAUUAUGGAAUCUAAAACAGUUACGCAGACUUUCGUCGCUUCGGAUGUAAGCGAUCAUUCAAACACAGAUUAUAUAGCAAGCGACAAUGAUGAGACUGAAAGUGUUUGUGUUAGUUCAUCGCAUUCGAUUCCUUUACGUCGAUAUCCCUCGCUGGCAGAGCUUUCCUCUAUAGCCACAAACUGUGAAGGAACUAAUAUAACUACUGUCGAUUUAUCGAUGGAGGAGAAGAAACUAAUGCUAGCUCCCAGCACCGAAGAUUGUAAAAUUCAAACUUCAAAUCAGCUGAAUAGUAUCUGGAAUCGAGGGCCGCCAGUCACACCACCAAAGGUUGCCGAAGCAGGCAAAAACUCGUCAAAUCAAUGUGGAGAUGAUCCCUUAACUCCGACUGCUAACCUUAAAAUGCUCGUCAGUGCUGCUAGUCCAGCAAUCCGCGAUCGGGAAACCAGGAAGAGAGAAUUAUUUCCAGGUGAAAGUUUUAACACCUUUGAGACGCUCCACUCAGCGGCGAGUGUGCUAAUUUCAAACUCAGGACAAUCUGAUGCACUUAGAAGUGAGCGGGAUUUGAGUGAUGAAUCUUCUCAUGUUGUAUAUGGAGAAAACAAGAUAACCAUCAGCCGGAAAGACAAGUCGCUGGGGCUUCUGUGUCAGAAGUUUUUGUCCAAAUAUCCAGAAUACCCAAAAGCUAACGAGUUUAUUGAGAUUGGCCUUGAUGAUGUGGCAAAGGACCUUAGUGUGGAAAGGAGGCGAAUCUAUGACAUUGUCAAUGUUUUGGAAAGUGUAGAAGUUAUAAGCAGAUAUGCAAAGAACAGAUAUGUCUGGCAUGGAAAAUCAAGACUUCCCUCUACUCUAAUAAAACUUAAGCACUAUGCCGUAUCAAAAGGGCUGAAAUUAAAGCCCUCAUUUCCAGGAAAGGAACAUGUAAAAUCAAAAGACACUAAAAAGGAAAAGAGUAAAGUUCCAGUUACAUCAGCAUUGUCCAGCCAGUUACCUCUAAUCCUCCCAAAGAAUUCUAGUCUUGUGUCCCUUGUUCAAGCUUUAAAACCUCAUGUGUCCCAAAUGAACAACAACCUCAUGCCACCACCUGCCACUGUGAAAGACAGUACAGCAGAAGAAAAAGCUGGUAAAAAUCUGAAAUUUAGAGAUAAUGAAUACUGCAGAAAAGACAAGUCAUUGGGAGUUCUCAGUCAAAAGUUUUUGAUGAUGUUUCUCGUCUCUGAGACAAGACAUGUGACCCUAGAGGAUGCUGCAAAUGUACUGAUUGGCGAGGAGGAAGAAGGCCAAACAAAGUAUAAAACUAAAGUCAGACGACUGUAUGACAUUGCCAACAUUCUAUCAAGCCUUCAGUUAAUAGAGAAAGUGCACAUCCACAGCAUCCAGGUAGGAAGGAAACCUGGCUUCAGAUGGAUAGGAAUAGAUCCUGAUAAACUGGAAUUAUUGGUACCCAACACCCAAGAUGAGGUAGACAACCCACCAACAGUUCACAGGGUCUCUGGAGAAAAGAGAAACGAACUCCAGUUUGAUGAAGACGAAGAAAGUGCUGUAGGACGUUUUAUCAGGCGGAGACCAAGCCAGCAACAAAUUAGACCAAAGACAGGGGAGACUGAAGCAAGCAAAAGCAAGUUGCCGCGUUCACGAUCAGAGAGAGUCUUGAGCACGAAGAAAGGAGGUCAGCGAGAAUGCGAGGAUGGUUUUUCAGUUCAAGAGAUCGCAGCUUCGUUUGGUGUGGGUUCAUCAACAGGCAGUCCAACUGAAGCUAAAUUCCGUGCAGAGUUGAAGAAACUACACCAACAGUACCCUGAUCGUAUGUCGCAGUUACUUUCAGCUUGCAGUUAUUCAGACGAUUUCGAAGCUAGAAAGAGUCGUCGUUCCUUGUUCAUGCCACAAACAUCAGAACUGGACGGUGCUCCAGAGCCGAAACGAAGACGAAGCGCCGACGAUGCGUACUCCAUCAGGCAAGACACAGAUGCUGGAUUUUCACAUUCAACGACUUCACCGUUCAAAAGUCCUCAAGAAGGAAAGAGCGUUCCUUCAGUUACCAGCCCUAAACAGACAAGUCCGACCGGAAAAUUAAAUCUGGCAUCCCCUGAACAAAAGAUUCUCUUAGAGAGACAAAAACAGCGGCAACUGUUAGAAGAACAGCAGGGGUUUGACUCACAAGAUGAACGUUGGAAGCGCAUGGAACGCGAGCUGGAUAAAGCUUUUCCUAAAGGGGGACCAACCCGUCCAAUGAUGGUCCAUCAGUCUUCGUCACCCCUGCCCUACGACGCACUCGUAGAGCAAACGUCUGUAGCCAUUCAAGCCAGUCUUAUAGACGACUUAAGCCCUCUGAAACCAUUGAGCUAUUGCCGAAAGGUUAAGUCCCCUUGGAAAAAUACUGAGUCUCAACAGACAACUUCAUCGCCUGUUCCAUUUCAGGGUGGAUCUGUCAUGAAUGCGCUCUCCAAUCCGCACGCGAUGUCGCCGGUGCCAAUUCUUCCGGCAACAGAGCGUCCUGCUAGUGUUAACAACGCAUGCCCGAACAGUGCUUACUUUUUGCAAAUCCCUGUUUCAGCAGGAGGUAACGGGGGGUCAGUAGUGUGGGCCACACCCACCCCUCCCUCUGGUAGCUCAACACCUUCUCCAGACCAACUCAUUAAGAUGGCGGCAUCGCCUGUGAACGCACCACUGCUUUACAGUCCCAGGUCACUCACGCCCACUCCUGAACCUGUUUCAUUGGAGCCCUCUGUUGCCGGUAAACAACAAGCGGUUAUCACAACUCCCUUGGUCACCGUGCUUGAACCUCAGCAAGUUCGCCCCGUGCAACAGACCUUAUCAAUUCAACUUCCAGCAAUUCCUCAAGUAGGCAAAGCCGAAUUGCAUUCAGUCACACCCAUCACGGGCAAUAUUACUCCAUUGCAGUUUGCUACUCCAUUGGUCAAACUCACAGAUCUCAAAAAGGUCGUUUCCAUGGAAACACCUACUACUACAGUACAGCUGCUGACGGAUGUGUCUAAACGCCUGUCACUUCCGUUUUCGGGUGAACAAUCUAUGUAGGUGAAUUUUUUUCAAAGAAAAAUUUUAAGUAAUUUUUUUAUAUAGGAAUACAAGUGUUGCCUUGCCUUUCGCAAUAUUUUUUCAAGUACAUUAAGAUUAGCGAAAGUAUAGGCAAUUACUUUUCAGAAUUUUCCGAUCAUUGCUCUUUUAUAACUCCUCCAGGACUGAUGAGAGUGGAAACAAUUUUGUUUAAGUACAGUGCUUUAUAAAGCAAAUAGAUUUUGGAGCAGAUUUUGCUGAAUAGCUCACAGUUAAAAUCAUUGUGCAAAGUAACGGUCACAGAUAGGUGAUUUUAUUUUACUCCGUUUUUUCUGGAAAACAGUUUGGAGGGAGAUAAAAUUGUUGAUUUAUUUUUAUUCAGAAUUGUAUUUUUUAUGUCAAGUGGAAGUUAUCAAAUGUAUAAUUUAGCUUUGAAGCUUUCGAGCGAUCCUUUAAUCGCAAAUCGUUUUAUUCUUUGAAAUGACUGAAGAAGUUGUCCAGUUUGAAGAAUAUGAUGCCCUAGUGUGAGUUAAAUUUCCUUGAUUACUUAC